AUGCCGACUGGGAAAAUAAAAUUUGUACUCUCAUCGUCAGAGUCAGAACCUGGUUAUCCCGCCGACAACCUUUUGCGGCAGUCUAAUGGACGUACAAAGUGGAAGGGAAAAUCAGGAGCUACGCAAAAUGUUGUCAUCUUGCAGCUAGAAAACGAGGAUUUCCUUACUUCUAUCGACAUUGGCAAUGAAUUUAGUGCUCUCAUCGAAGUCCUGGUUUCUAGAUCGAGUGAAAAGAACAAAAUGUUUAGUACUUUUUGUCUCCGAAAUGUUAAUUGCUGCAAAUACGGAAUCAUUACGAUAGUGCCGUCAGCGUCUUUCAUGAGUGUUGCCGAAAGUAGAGCUGAAAGGAAUGGAAACCGUGUACGAAUAUUUUCCAGAAUGGAUAUGGUUGUGUGCAGUCAACCAUUCAACAAAAAAUUACCCUACGGACUUUCUUUUAUAUCUUUUGUGGUAAAAGGUGAAGAUAGAGAACGGCAGCACAAAGAACAGGUGCCAAAAAUUCCUUUAAAAUUAAAAGCGACGUCAAGUGAUCUCACAUCUUCCUUCUACUGCGGAGGGAUGUUCAAAAAAUUGCGACCAUCAUUAGAAGUCCGCAAGAAAACCAGUAGAUAUGUGACGAGCACGGAGCUGCCGUCAAUAUCAAGUCCUGGUCCUUCGUCAACGAGUGAUGGGGCACGUAACGUUGCGUAUGCUAAGAAGGAGACAUCUGUUCCCUUUGAUAAACUACUGGAUGGUGUGGUUUUUUGCUUAAGCGGUUAUGAAAAUCCAUUACGAGGUGCAAUACGGGAAAAAGCUUUAGAUAUGGGAGCUGAUUAUAGAACGGAUUGGACUUCUGAUUGUACACAUCUGAUAUGUGCCUUUCCGAACACACCAAAGUGGCGUUCUGUGGGAAAGAAAGGGACGAUAGUCACUGGAAAGUGGAUUGAAAAAUGUUUUUUGCUGAAGAAAAGAGUGCCGGAGAAAUUGUAUUAUUCUAGGGUGGAACCCUAG